GUGCUGCCGCCGUUUGCCUUCGGCGCCGCGAUCCAGCUGCGUAACUCGACGAAGCGCGGAGGAGGUAGCACGAAGAACAACCGCAACAGCGCCGGCAAGCGCCUGGGUGUCAAGCGCUACGGCGGCCAAUACGUGCAGGCUGGCGAGAUCAUCGUGCGCCAGCGCGGCACCGAGUGGCACGCGGGCGAGAACGUCAAGAUGGGCCUGGACCACACACUCUACGCCACGGCGCCGGGCUGGGUGCGCUUCUACCGCCCGCAGCCGCCGCCAAUGCCGGCGCCGCCGCGUGCACACGACACGGGCCUGCUUGUGCAGCCGCUGCCCUUCCUCUCGGCGCUGCCCAAGGUCGAGCCGAUCAAGAGCCACCCGUCGAGCGCGCGCCGCAAGCUCGGCCGCCGCUACGUCGGCAUCGGCCUGUCGCAGGACAGCGUGCUGCCGUCGCCCAUUGGCGCGCCGCGCGAGCGCCUCUUCACCAAGGUCAACCUC